UGGUUUCACUGUAGCACAGACUGGUGUAAACACGUCUCCUGGUUUUGCCUCUCAUGACUCCACAUCAGGUUAAAUGGAGACAGCAUUGUCCACAAAAAUCGGGACCUGAAGUGGCAAGGAAGCUCCUGGUGUGGAUCACGUGGUGCAGGUGGAGCAGGCGUCCUUUGCUAAAUCUUAGGCAGGCUGGAGAAACGCUCAGGAGGCCCCCUGUGUGCGACAGGCACUGUUGUAGAGGGAGGGGAUGCAGGUGUGGGUGUGUGACUUCACUGUGGUGCCCUGACCUUGGCGGAUGUGAGUGAGCAAAGCAUUAGUCUCCACAGGAGUGUUGUGUUCCUGCUGUCCGUCCUCUUCUAGGAGCUGCAGCUGUGGUGGUGUUCCCUCUGUCCUGAAGCACCACUUGCUCAGCUCACCUUAGCACAGCUGCCGGGUGCUCACAGCUCUGCAGUGGACUCCACCUCAGUGCAGCUGGUGGUGUGCUCUGGUGGCUGAAAGGGGGUGGUGAAUUUGGGGCUAACCUGGGUUACAUACAAGGCUUCAAGCCAAAAGGGCUGCUCUUCAGAGGACCUGGGUUUGAUUCCUGGUGCUUACAUGGUGGCUCACAACCAUGAGUUCAGGGGAUCUGACUGUUUUCUGGUCUCUGGGCACCAGGCACAUAAUGUGCACAAACAGCAUGCAGACAAAACACCAGUACACAAAAUAGUUCUUAAAAAUAGAAAUUACCGAUCAGAACAUGCCUGAUGAAUGUCCUGGAGGACUCGGUGUUGCUCUAAGCCUAGAGCUGAGGUGAGCAAUGUGUUUAGCUGAGCAUAAUCUUGGGACCAGCCUGAUGACAGGGCUGAUACACUCAAACUUGACCAGUUAUCCAGGGCUUGGCUGAUGCAGGUUCUCUUUCCUCAAAUUUAGGGAGUAUUGCAGUUUGAGGCAGCUGUGAGGCUGUUUGGGUAUUAAGUGGGAAUUUUUAGUAAGAACAGAAUGUGAUUGUAGAACUUGAACAAUGUAUAAGCUUCCAAGAAUUGGCUGAUGCAAAGUCAGCAACAGGUGGAGCACUGGGAGGGCCUGUGUACCUUGUUCUUCAUGUGAACCCUUCAGCGUCAUCCUCUCUCACACCUUACAGAGCUUCCUCCAUCCAUAAUGGAGCCCAGGCUGGGCUUGACCUCCCUGGCCUGCCACUGCACCCCACAAACUCCCAAGUUUUGGAACAGUCUCAACUAGUUUGGGCUGGCCUCUUUACCUCCCUGUUGCUAGGAUUAAAAGCAUGAGCCACCAUGCCCAGCUCUGUUUAUAAGUAUAACUAUAGCUGAUGCUGGCCUUGGAUUUUUUUUGGGGGAUGGGGGUUUCGAGACAGGGUUUCUCUGUGUCAUUUUGGUGCCUGUUCUGGAACUCGCUCUGUAGGCCAGGCUGGUCUUGAACUCACAGAGAUCCGCCUGGCUCUGCCUCCCGAGUGUUGGGAUUAAAGGCUGGGGUUACAGUUAGGAGGCAGUAUAGGCUUUACAAUCCUUUAAUGCCUGUAGUCCCAGUGUGUGAGAGGUAGAGGCAGGAACACCAGAAGUUCAAGGUCAUCCCCAACAAUUUAAAUUUGAGACUGGUUUAGCUUAUGUGAGACCUCAAAAGCAAAGCUGUCCUUGUGUGGUAGCACACACACUGAAUCCUGUCACCCUGGAGGCAGAGGCACAGAGAUCCUUUGAGACCAGCCUGGUCUAUACGUGAGUUCUAGCUAUCUGGCACCAUAGUGGGACCCUAUAUCAAAAGCAAGAAUGCUCUUCCAGUUGUGGUGAUUUGAGAUCAAUAAAAUAAUUAGCUUUUUAACUGCUAGUCAUUGAGUUGCUGUUAAUUUUUCAAAGCUAAUUAUGUUAACAGUAAGACCAUUAUCUAAAUCCCCGCACUUGAGAGGCAGAGGCAGGCAGAUCUCUGGGUUUGAGGACGGCUGGAGCUACAUAGACUAUCCCAACCAAAACAAAACAAAAACCAACCAAACAAAAGUAGUAUCUUACCAAAAGAGCUCGGUGCUAUUACUACUUUUAUCCAUCAAAAUUUAAAAAGCCAGGUGUGGUGGCACAUGUCUUUAAUCCCAGCAUUUAGGAGGCAGAGGCAGGCAGAUCUGAGUUCAAGGCCAGCAUGGUCUAUACAGAGAAACCCUGUCUCAACAUCCCCCCCCCCCCCACACACACAUUGUCUUGCUUGUGAUGUGAUUGUGCCAUAUGGCUUGUGUGGAGUCAGGGCAACUGUGGACUGAUCCUUUGUUCUCACAUGGGUCAGUUAGCCUUACCCAAACCGUGUUUGAUUGUUGGGUCAUCCUCAUCCUUAUGGAUUGCAAUUUUUUGUUUUGUUUGAGGCAAGGACUCUAUAGAUGAGGCUGGCCUUGAAGUCCCGUAGAUCCUUGUGCAUAGCACUAAGAUUAACUUUUAUUACUGGUGGUUAAUGUUACUAUAAAUCACAGGUUUAGCAUAUGUAAAACCCUAGGUUUGAUUCCCAGCAUACCUUCCCCACAACCAAGGAUUGAAAUGCCACAAACAGAGUUACAGGAGUUAUAUGUGAACAAAUCUAAUGGAAGUUUUGACCAAAAAAAGUGUGCAUGAGGGUGUGCAGAGGACACACAUUCAAUUCCCUACACUUAAAGGGUGGCUCACAACUGUCUAGUUUCAGGGAUCUGAUUCCUAGCUUCUGGGGCCACCAGUCAUACAUGUAAGAGGCACAUACAUGCUUGAAGGCAAACAAUCUCUAGAAAAGACAUUACUAAAGGCUGGUGAAGCUGUUUGAGCUGCUUGCUUGCAUCCUUUACCGCCCGGUGAGGACCUCACGAGAUACUAUGAAUGAAAAAUAAUACGGAGUGCAGUUAUCACCAUUGGGUUUCUGGCGGUUAGCAGUUGGGUAUGGGGAGGUUGCUGGGUAAUGGGGGAGGCAUUACCUUCAGUUCUGGAGUCACUAGUAAGUUAUCCAGCCCCACCCAUGCUCAUGCAAGCAACCACAAUUAAACUCUAUGUUUAGAAACAGAGAUCGGAGAGAUGGUGCCCUGGCUGGUUUUAUGUCAACUUGACACAAGCUAGAGUCAUCUGAUAGGAGGAAAUACAAAAAUGCCUCCGUAAGAUCCAGCUGUAAGGCAUUUUCUUAGUGAUGGAUGCGAGAGGGCCCAACCCCUUGUGGGUGAUGCCAUCCCUGGGCUGUUGGUCCUGGUUCUAUAAGAAAACAGACUGAGGAAGCCAUGGGGAGCAAGCCAGUAAGCAGCACCCCUCCAUGGCCUCUGUAUCAGCUCCUGCCUCCAGGUUCCUGUCCUGUUUGAGUUCCUAUCUGACUUCCUUCAGUGAUGGACUAUUAAGUGUAAGUGUAAGCCAAAUAAGCCCUUUCCUCCCCAACUUGCUUUUGGUCAUGGUGUUUUCAUCACAGAAAUAGUAACCCAAACUAAGACAGAUGGCUCAGUGGUAAAGAACACUGGCUGCUCUUGCAGAGGGUGGGGGUUCACUUCCCAGCACCCACAUGACAGAUCACACCUGUCUGUAACUCCAGUUUAAGGGGACCCGACACCCUCUUCUGGCCUCAGGCACUGUAACACACGGUGAAAUACUUGUAACAAUGUUUUAAAAGGUCUUUAAGACGCUGUGGGUCAUUUGUUGGGAAGAAGGGACUCUGUGGGAGGGAGAAGAGUAAGGGGGUCCUGCGUGGUGAAUGUGACUGAAACCGUAAGCCUGUUGUGCAGGGAGAGCUACCCUCCUUAGCGUGGCUGCCACUGUCAUCAGGGCAGCUGUGACUAACAAGAGACCUGGAGGAUCAGGCCUGUUGAUGCUCCUUCCCAGAAGGGGGCUGAGCGGUCCUUCCCUGGUCUCGGUCACUCAGGUAGGCUCUCCCAGCCAGCUGUCUGUAAUUCUGCCCUAAUCUGGAACCGGGCCACAGUGUUGUAGACCUUGGAAGGUUAUCGGACAGGGGCUCCACCUAUGCCCCUAUGGGAAGCUGCCAUCCAUGCUGGUGUGACUUUCAGACACUAUGAUGGCUUUGUUACCCAGACUACCUCAUGCUCUAGUUUAAUCAGUAAGCCGAAUAAACUCAUUGGUCCCUUAGGAUGGGCUUCGGGGUUUGUCUUUGGAGCCUGGUGAGAAAGGGGUAGAUGUUUGUUUAGAGUUCCUGAAACAACAGAAUUGUCAAAGAAGAGAUUAAAAAUAUUAAAAAAAAAUAAGUCUACUAACUACUCCACACUUUUGGAAGUGACUUAAAUCGCUGAUUUUCUAACUGCCUUGAGAAGGCUCUCUUUGUUUACCUCACUUGAUGUCCAAACUCUCUCAGAGAUGGCUUGGAGGGACAGUAAAAGGACUGAGAACUCAUGUAGAGUCUGCAUCUGACAAUGUUCACUUUACAGUUGCCCUCCAUGCUCACUUUAGUCUGACUUUCUGGCUGUAUGAGGAAGCCACACUGAUUUUUGUCAUGGCUGUGUUCAGUCAGGCAUGUUUAUACGACUGUUCUUUAUUCCCAGUGGUCACUGGUUGAGAGGUGGUUCUGCUAGGACAGUCACUAUACCCAGCGGGUCCUCUCUUCUGUCCCAUCAGUCUGUUGGUCCACCCCAGGGCUGUACAGCAGCUUGAGGAGUAGGCUAGCAUGGCUGGCCCUUGAGGGUUGAGGUAUAAGGCCAGUCACAGCCGAUAUGGGGCUGCUGACACACUGACUCUCAGCCAUGUCCUGACAUCCACUGUGAGGCUGACAGUGGCUUCCUAAGUGUCUCUGACCCAGCCACCUCAGCCUUGAGAACUUACUACAAGUGAGCAUUCUAGGAUCCCUACACUCAAACUAUCAGUUCAGAAACCCUAGGGCCUAGAGCUGGAGAGAUGGCUCAGUGGUUAAGAAGAGUAUUUGAUACUCUGCAGGAGACUGAACUUGGUUCCAACACCCACAUGGCAGCUCACAACAUUCUGUAUCUCCAGUUCCAGGGGAUCUGAUACCCUCGUUCUGGCUUCUGUAGGCACCACCAGUGCAGGCUCAUUGUGAGAACCUCUGGGCGGGCCUUCUGGACAUCCGAUGAUGACCUGUCAUGGCCACUUUCCCAUGCCACUGACAUAGAAGUGGUGCAAUCCAGAAUCUUAACACCAGGAGUCAGCGUCCUGCCUGCACUCAUGAUGACGAGGGACCUGGCUCUUGCAGGCAUGCUGAUUAGCCUGGCUUUCCUGUCACUGCUACCAUCUGGAUGUCCUCAGCAGACCACAGAGGACGCCUGCUCUGUGCAGAUUCUUGUCCCCGGCCUCAAAGGGGAUGCAGGAGAAAAGGGAGACAAAGGAGCCCCCGGACGGCCAGGAAGAGUCGGUCCUACAGGAGAAAAAGGAGACAUCGGGGACAAAGGACAGAAAGGCACUGUGGGCCGCCAUGGAAAAAUUGGUCCCAUUGGCGCUAAAGGUGAAAAAGGAGACUCUGGUGACAUUGGACCCCCUGGUCCCAGUGGAGAACCUGGCAUCCCGUGUGAGUGCAGCCAGCUGAGGAAGGCUAUUGGGGAGAUGGACAACCAGGUCACUCAACUGACGACUGAGCUGAAAUUCAUAAAAAACGCUGUUGCUGGUGUGCGUGAGACCGAGAGCAAGAUCUACCUGCUGGUGAAGGAGGAGAAGCGGUACGCAGAUGCGCAGCUGUCCUGCCAAGGCCGGGGAGGCACACUGAGCAUGCCCAAGGACGAGGCAGCCAAUGGCCUGAUGGCUUCGUACCUGGCACAGGCCGGCCUGGCCCGUGUCUUCAUAGGCAUCAAUGACCUGGAGAGAGAGGGCACCUUCGUGUACUCAGACCGCUCCCCCAUGCAGACUUUCAACAAGUGGCGUAGCGGAGAACCCAACAAUGCCUAUGAUGAGGAGGACUGUGUAGAGAUGGUGGCCUCAGGGGGCUGGAACGAUGUGGCCUGCCACAUCACCAUGUACUUCAUGUGCGAGUUUGACAAGGAAAACUUGUGAGUGUUGGCAGGCCGCAGCUCAGGGGAGACAGCCCCCCGAACCCCAUCUUUUAUAGACACUCAGCCUUCCAGACGCCAGUGGCCACAAGCUACCCCCUGGCCAUCAGUUACCAUGUCUGCCCAGUUCCUUUCCGUAAGGAGGUUGGUUCUGAGCCUUGUUGACAGAAGGGCUGUUUGAACCGCAGGAGGGGGAACCCCUUGUUUCCCAGUGCUGUUCCGAAUAGGCCAAGUUUUACCACCCUUGCCUGGCCAAGACACUCAUUAUGGAGUCACCACUCAGAAGGAUGCAGUGAAGCUCUGGUCUUGGUCCAGCCACAAAGCGCUGUGAAUGUGGCGGCAGUGGCCGUGGGGGCAGGAGUUGCCACCCACCUUUUAAACUACACAAGAAGCACCAUUCGGUGGUGACCAGUGUUUCUAUAAGUUACUCUAACACAUAGGUGCCUUUCACUAUUAUCCACGUAGGAACACCUGCUGCUCUGCUUCAAACCCAUACUCCAGGAACACAAAUAAAUCCUCAGAAUUUUGCUGUGGGA